UCACCUAAGAAUCAAUGCUUUAAUGAUGAGAUUGUGGUCGAUUCAUCGAGUGUCCGCGAUAAGCCAAAGGUGUCCAGGGGGUUGGAGUGUUGGGAGUGUCCACGAGUGUUGGGACAACCACGAGUGUAUGUGGGCUGUCCUAAUCAAGCAAACCAACAAGGUGCAUUGGUAGCAGAUACGCGAUAUUUCGGUGUAUUUCGAUGCGGUAAAUGUUACGGCAAAUGGAAUUCUGCCUCGUGUUGGCUCGGAUUCAAACAACAGUGUAAAUGUGGACAGUGGUCAGACCCAUCACACAUGCGUCCAUUGAAACCAUCGGAGUAUCAGGCCCGGGGUAGUCAUGGUAUCCAUGCGGUGGACAAAUGCCAAAAGUGUCAGUCGUUGGGUCGCGACUGCAGUCGCAAUGAUUAGGCGUAUUGGCGAUGAUGUUGGCUAACAAAUAGGCUUUUAAUUAUAA